AUGUCAUCUCCUACAUCAAUUAUAAGUAGAAUCUCUCCUCCACUAAUAACUCCUCAUGCUUCCCCACCUAUACAUACCCAAGUACGACGAUCUUCCUCCACUUCAACCAGAACCACUACCACUACAGCUAGCAAGAGCGUUACACUAAGUGCUGAAGAGAGAUUAUCCAAAUUACUAUCGACGAUCUCAUCCGUCUUAGUCGCAUACUCCAAAUCCCUCAACGCUUCUCCUAGGUACACGAACUCUCUGAUCGAUUUUUACCAUAGAGCAGUUUCGCUCUCUCCUAAUCCAAAGGCGGUACCUCGGCUACCCACUCCUCUAAUUAGUCCUCCAUCCUCAGAAUCUCAUGGCAGUAGAAGUAGACCAAAUCCUUCUCUCUCUUCUAUCCUUCUCCAAUCACAUCCUCCCGUCACUCAUAAGCAUGGACGUUAUCAUAAAUACAACAUUAGACGGAAGAGUGAUCAAAUUAACAUGAAAGAUAUGCAUGAGCAUACACACAAUGAAGCUAAUAAGAAUCAACACAACCACAGUAGGCAAGUCGACGACAAUUCGAGGGACGGAUUACAAGGGCUCGAAGACAGAGUCCGCAAAUUGGAGAGGGAAUGUUGGACAAGUGAAAUCGUAGCAGCAUGGUAUGGUCCGACAGUCAAUCCAAUUUUAUCUAGAAGAUUAUCUGAUUCAUCAACCAAACCAUCUUGUACGGCAUCACCAAUGAGCAGAAGACAAAGUCUCACCAAUAUGACCUUGCCUGGUUCGCCAUCUAUCGAAUCGAAAGAAAAGAACAAGGAGAUGGAAAGGAGGACAUCGAGCUUCACUCUUUUGAGCGAAUAUAGGAAGAAGAAACAGAGAGAUGAGUGGUUGGAACCUAUCUUGAGGAGAGAUGCGAGUUAUGUAGGGUUACAUGACGAGUAA